AUGACGGCUCUGGUCACCCUGCUGUCCCUGCUCCUGCUGGGAGCCCAGGCCCAGCACAGGGCCGAGUGGACCUACUCAGAGGGGGUGCUGCAUGAAGCACACUGGCCGAGAGAGUACCCCAACUGUGGGGGGAAGAGACAGUCGCCCAUCGACCUGCACAGGAAGAAAGUGUGGUACAACCCUUCCCUGAGGGCUCUGAACCUGUCCGGCUACGAGGUCCAGCACGGGGCGUUCCCUAUGAUCAACAAUGGCCACACAGUACAGAUCAGCCUGCCCACCAUGCGCGUGACGGCUGCUGAUGGUACCCAGUACACAACCCAGCAGAUGCACUUCCACUGGGGUGGCGCCUCCUUGGAGAUCAGCGGUUCCGAGCACACCAUUGAUGGGAUCAGAUAUGUGAUCGAGAUUCACGUCGUUCAUUACAAUUCUAAAUACAAGAGCUACGAUAAGGCUCAGAAAGCACUGGAUGGCUUGGCUGUGCAGGCAGCCCUCGUUGAGGUAGGCUGAAACUACACAUGCAAAGGUAAUGCUGAAAAUGCUUACUACAGCAACUUCAUUUCUCGCUUGAAGAGCAUCAGGUAUCCAGGACAAAGCGCAGUUCUGAGGGGCCUUGACGUUCAGGACAUGCUACCUGGGAACCUCCACUACUACUACAGCUACUGGGGGUCACUCUCCACUCCUCCCUGUACUGAGAACGUCCACUGGUUUGUGCUGGCAGAUACUGUCAAGCUCUCCAGGACGCAGGUUUGGAAGCUGGAGAAUUCCUUACUGAAUCACCAGAACAAGACCAUCCACAAUGAUUGUGGGACCCAGCCCCUGAACAACGGAGUGGUAGAAGCCAACUUCAUGUCUCAACCUAAUCAGCGCUCUGAGCUCCAGUUUUAUCUAAACAAUAUUGACAGUAAUCUUGAGUACUUGAGAAGGUUUAUUGAACAGAAGAAAGCAAAGAGAAAAAGACAAGGGUAA